AUGAAUAAAUCAAUUAUUCUUUAGAUAUUCAGUGGAUCAAAGAGCAAUUAAAUUUAGUCUUAAGAUUACAUAAAUAUUCCAAAAUUUGGCUCAAAUGAUUCAUAAACUCUUUUGAAAGAGAUGAGUAAAAAUUAAGAUAAAAAUGAAGAAUCUGGGAAGGUUUAAUUCUCUGUUUAAUACUCAGUAUUUGAAAAUGAAAUUGAAAAAGACAGCACAGAGAACUUAGGUUAAGGCAAUAAACUUGCUUACCCAAAUCCAAUAAAACAAAUAAGAAUUCCAUUUGAUAAAGUUUAAUUUAUUCUAUAGCCAAUUAUAAAUGAGGGUAUAUUACAAUGUCAAAUUCGUAAAAUUAGAUUUUCAAAUUAGAAUUCAAAAUAUGAAAUGUCUAUUUUUGAUUACCCAAUGUUGACUGCUGAAUAAGUAGACGCAAAAUAAAAAAAGAAAAUUAUUUUUAAGUCAUCUGGAAUAAAUUACUUUGCUGGCAAAUUAAAAUGGGAUAAAUAUGGCUAAAAUUUUAUAUUUCUGGAUAACAAAAUAAAUCCUAAGAAAUGUUCUACAAUUAGUAUGCAUAGAUUAUGCAUUGGAGGAGCUAACUAUUAAAAAAAUGGAUUGAAGAAACCCCACAAAAUUAGAGUAAUUAAAUUAUGGAAAUUAGGUAUACUUACCCGAAAUAACCUAAAGUAAUUAGAUGUUUGAAUACCGGUAACAAAAGUUUCAAUAUUUUGAGAGUAAACCAAAAAAUUUUUAGGAAUUUUAGAAUCGAGAAGCAGAAUAUUGUCCAGAAGCAAAGAUGUUUGUUUUACCAUUUUACAAUAGAGCUUUGAUAGCGUCGUCUAAAAAUUUAUAAUUGUGCCAAAAAGAUAAUAAUAAAGUUUUUUUUCUUUUGGGGAAAAUUGAUAAAGGAUUAUACAAUCUCGAUUUCUAAUGGCCGAUCUCACCUUUGCAGGCCUUUUAGAUAGCAAUGUCAUGUUUCGUAUCUAGAGCUACUGAUUGA